AACCCAAAGAUACCAGAAAAGACUUUAGGCUUUGAGUUUCGUAGAGCUUAUUUUGACCAUGUUUUUCACAGAUGAACUGAUGACUAGUAUUCUGGCAUUAAUUGGCACAGUAACUUGUCUGUAUUAUUUUACUAAGUACAGCUGGGAGCUCCUAAUUGGUAUCAGGGUUUAUAUUUUGGCAAAAUUUUGGAGGACAAACCUAACACUCUAUGGGGAAUGGGCUGUUGUGACAGGUGCAACUGCUGGGAUUGGAAAAGCUUACGCUCAUGAGUUGGCAAGAAGAGGACUCAAUGUGGUGCUGAUCAGUCGGUCGUUGGAGAAGCUGAGAGCCACGGCAGAUGAAAUAGAACAGCAGCAUGGCAAGAAAACAAAGAUUGUUCAGGCAGAUUUUAAUCAGGGCGCUGAGAUCUACGGACCAAUUGAAGCAGCGCUGAAGGAUCUGAACAUUGGAAUCCUGGUGAACAAUGUUGGCAAAACCUACCAGGUGCUUCCAUGUUACUUUCUAGAUGUCCCAGAUGUCGAAAAGAUGACGAAAAUUGUCUUGCCUCAACUAUUGAAAAGGAAAAAAGGCAUUAUCAUCAACAUUUCUUCAGAAGCUGGGGCUCACCCACAUCCACUUAUCACCAUGUAUUCAGCUACUAAGGCCUUUGUUGACUUCUUUUCUCAAGCAUUGAAUGCAGAGUACAAGCCAAACGGGAUUAUAGUACAGUCUGUGUUGCCUCUCUUGGUCUCUACCAACUUGACGCAUGAUCAAGAAACCAAUUUAUUUGUGAAAAGAGCUGAUGACUAUGCCCAGGAAGCUCUGAAUACUGUUGGACUAACAGAGAAGACAAAUGGCUGCUUGUCCCAUGCCCUACAGCAUUUCUUCUUCGAAAGGCUGUUUCCAAGAUGGCUCCGACUGACAGAGUUCAGCAUAAAUAACAUGAAGAAACUUUCUGAAAGGAGAAAGCCGCUAGUGGAGAAGUGGAGGUGGAAACAAAAGACUGCAUAGUUGCAGUAUGAUUUGAAGGGACUUGGGUGUUAGGGGAGAGGGAGUGUACAAAUUUUUUUUAAAAAAAAUAUCAGUAUCAUUGUGUGGUUCCCUUGUCAUAUGGUGUUUAUGGUUUAGUGCAAGUCCAUCUUUAACAUUAUCCAACCAACUCUUUGGAACUUCAGAGGAAUGUUUAAAAGUAUGAAAUUAGAUAAAUUGUUUCAGAUAAGCUGGAGUGUAUUCUUACAAUUUCAAUAUAAGUUCCUAAACAUACAUGUGUAGUGAGCAGUUAGAAAUAAUUGCAGUCUGUGCAAGGUUACCUGAAGGUAGAACAGUGCAUGAUUUACCCAAAAGGACUACAAAAUCAAAUGUUACAACUGGCUUGUUAGCUCAUGUGAAAGUGUUCUGUGUCCUGUUACAUUGAACAAUUUCCUGGCAUCUAAUGUAAUCUUGCUUUAAUAACUUAGACAAUCAGAAGUAUACCUAGUUUAAAUGAUCUAUCUGAUGCAUCAAAUAAAACACCUUUUUAAUUGGGGUAUUUAAAAUGAUUCAAAACAGCUCAAAAACAAAACCUCAACACACACUUAAUACUGAAAAGUAAUGAUAGUUUAUGAAUGAAGUGGCUCUCCUAUGAAGUUUCUCCAAAGGAAGAGUUUACAAGCUUACUUUCUAAUCCAUGCUGUCCCCUGACCUGGGAAUGUUUGAAGAAAAAUCUGUGGAGAAAGGUGUUUUUUCUGGACUGUACUCUAUCAAUACUGAUCUAUCCUUCCUAAGAUUCAAAGUCCCAGACCAAAUACAGUUUUUUAAGUGGAAUCUAAGGUUUGUAUGACUGUCACACAACAUCUAUUCUUAGGAAGGCUGGAAUACAAAAGUCAACAUUCUUUUAUAAAUUUACUUUUGUACCUGUCCACUAGCUUUUGAUAACUUUAUGCUAGUAGUUUGUUUGCUCUGCAAAGCACAACCUAUACAAUUUUAAUCCCCAAAUUAUACCAGAAUCCUUCUCUAUAUUGACUAAUAAGCUAUCAUUACUCCAUGAAAACCUACAUAAUUUUCAUAUUAUCCUUGCAGAAGCCAUGUAGUUGUUCACCAUGUACACAUCAGAAUAGUUAAUAAUUCCUUCUGUUAUUGUGAACCUUAUCUGUCACUCUACAAUUGCUAAGUUUAUCUUUUUAAGUCAACUAACCAAUUGGUGCCAUUGACAUCAUGAACCUUGCCCAUAUAAAGUCUCAGUGUAACUUUUCCAAAUGUAUCCUUGUAAUCCCAGAAAGUUUUUUUUUAAACAGAUUGUGAUUAGUUUCAGACAUGGUUCACAUAGGAUGGGAAUGAGAUUUAGAUUUAGAUAAGAAAUAUUAGCAUUACAUUGAAUCUGGUUGGCCAAUUCAAAUCAAAGGAUGAAGCAAGUUCUCUCCUUAAAGCACCUGGGAAGAAUGUUGUUUGAAACAACAAAUGAAAAGCUUGAUCACUUAAGCUCAAAGUUUGACAAACAUCAUUUUAAAGUUGCUCUGCUAACCUUGAGGAGAAAGAUGGAAGUAAAAUAAGGUUGAGUUGCCUUUGGCCUCAGCACUCAAUGUAUCUGUCUGCAAAUUCUAUAUGGUUGUAAAUGGAACUUGAGGCAUGAUUACUUUAUUAGGCAUUCUGUAUAGAGUCCUUUUUAGAUUGAAUAUGCUACUUCUAUACUUUGCCUUGACUAAAAGUUAUCAAAAGUUUGAUCAACCAAAUAUUAUGCUAUAACUGUCAAAUGUUGAAUCUCACUGUAAUAAAGAGUAAUUCCAAAAA